AUGGAGAACGCCCAAACAGCGCCCCCGCCGGGCUCGCUCAGCUGGAGGUUGAGCAGCCAUCCCAUCACCCUCCUCACCUUUCUCUUCUUCAGGAUAUCAAGUCUCCUCGUCUACCUUCUCGGCCUUCGCCUACUCACAAGUAACUUCGUGAUGGUCUCCAUAAUCACCAUCCUCCUCCUCGCUGCCGACUUCUACUACCUCAAAAAUAUCGCUGGACGACGGCUGGUUGGGCUACGGUGGUGGAAUGAAGUCGACACCGCGACCGGGGACUCGCGCUGGGUGUUCGAGAGCCACGACCCCGAGACCCGCACCAUCAACGCGACGGACAAGCGGUUCUUCUGGCUCGCGCUAUAUGCACAACCGGUGCUGUGGGUGCUGCUAGCAAUCGUGGCAGUGGCGAGCUUGGAGCCUAUUUGGUUGACGUUGGUUGGUGAGUACAAAAUUACAGGACUAACAUGGAUAAUAGUCAUUGCGCUCGUUCUCACGAUCACUAAUACCCUUGCGUUCUCGCGCUGCGAUAAGUUCAGCAUGGCGUCCAGUGCUGUUUAUGGGUCUGGUUUCGCACGGAAUCUUGCUGGAGGCAUGGUUAGUAGUUGGUUCAGGCGGUGA